AUGCCGACAACGCCUAUCAUUCCACUCGACUCGCUCAAACAUGUCUCUCCUCAACAACAAAGAGCCCUCGAAGAGCUACAAAGAAUGUUUCAUCUCGACCAUGAUACGUUGUUCUCAGUCGUGGACCUUUUCCGAAAUGAGCUCAAGAACGGCCUCAUUGACGACGUGUCAAGCGAUCUCAACAUGAUCCCGACAUUUGUUACAGGCUAUCCAAGUGGGCAAGAAAAAGGAACGUAUUUGGCCUUGGAGAUGGUCGGCAUGGAUAUCUACGUGUGUCAAGUGAAGCUCAAGGGCGAAGGCGGUAAACUCGCCAUCAACCAGUUCCAAUACAAGAUUCCUCAAGACUUGAUGAGUGGCGACGAUUUCACAGUGUUGAUCGAUUACUUGGUUGAAUGCAUCGCGGAUUUCCUUGAAAGGGUUGGCACACAAGACAACUUUGUUUAUCCAAUGGCAUGCUCCAUUUGUUUCGCUAUCAAGCAAACGGCGCUCAACAAUGGAAUCAUCAUGUCUCUUGGUUACGGCUUCAGUUACCCGAAUGGAAUCGGCGUGGACAUUGUACAAUUCUUGCAAGAACGUAUACAAAUCAAAGAUCUUCCUAUUGCUGUGUUGGCUAUUACAAAUGAUGCUGUGUGCACUCUGCUUGCUCAUGCAUAUCAACAUCCAUCCACACAACUUGGCAUUGUCCACAACCUGGGUACGAAUUGUGCCUAUUAUGAACCUAUCAAAAACGUCGUCAAGCUACGUGAUCAUCCACUCUUCAAACAACAAUCCAAUCGUUCGAUGAUUAUCAACACUGAAUGGUGCAACUUUGGUGCUUCACGAAGGACAUUGCCAUGCACAUGGUUUGACAGGAAGGUGGAUCGUGAAUCAAUCAACCCAUACUAUCACAUGUUUGAAAAGAUGACGACAGGAGUCGGCUUGGGAGAGCUUGUUCGCAACAUUUUGACAUAUCUGGUGGACCAAGAUGUGCUCUUUGGCGGUGAAUCAAGUACCACAUUGAAUCGUAUGCAUAGCUUUGAUGUUAGCUAUAUGUACGUGUGCGAGGUGGAUGACUCUCACAACCUGGAGGAUAUACGCAUUAUUAUGAAUGACAUGAUGAAUAUUCAACACUGCUCACUCGGUGAUCGGGAAGUCGUCAAAUACGUAUGCCAGCUUGUUGGUACAAGGGCUGCCACGUUGGUGGGAUCGGCUAUCGCUGCUGUAGUACGACAUGUUUUGGAACAAGAAAAUGGCUUCAAUGCAAAACAGGGAGGGUGUGCUAUUGCGAUUAGCGGUGAGAUCUAUGAGGAGUAUCCUUCGUUUCAUCCAAGGGUGUGUCGCACAUUGAAGGAAUUGAUACCUGAGCAUACGGCAUCCAAGCUAUCAGUCGGCAUGAUCAAGCACUCCCGCAUCAUAGGUGCAGCAAUUGUUGCCAUGAUGGCCGAAAAAAUUACGAAUACAAGCACGUUCUAA